AACUCAACCUCCUCCUCAACUCAACGUCACGUCUUAGCUAGUGAUAACCAUCAAAAUACCCAAUGGCUUUUCCUCGUUCUGCCCUACGCAAUACUUAUUUUUACGAUGCCACCGAUCCCGAGGUGGUUUUGGGAGGUUUUCGUCAAAACGGUUCUGUAACAGAAGCAAACUUUCUUUCUUUCCUCGACAUCCUGCUUGUAACUCAGGGGGGUACUGUGCGUGUUCAAGCGAGGAUUUCAGGCCACAUUGUCACUAGAACCAACGUUCCCCUUGCAACUGGAGCGUACGAUAUAUAUUGUGAUGGUAUGUACAGUGCGGAGGGGCCGGAAGAAGUCUGGCGAAGUCUCCGCUGCUAAUCCCAUACAAAUUCUGCAAGCAACACUUACCCCUACACCUGGAGUACCAUACUCUUGUUUGGCCGAAUGUUCAAUCACUAAUUUUGUCAGGUCGUAUUGAAAUUAGCAAUGAGCCUUCGGUGCACCGACUUUUUUCUCGCAGCGUCUCCGGCAAGGAGACUAGAUUCCGCGAUGAAAUCCGCGCUCGUGACCGGAAAUGCGUUAUAUCUGGCAUGAUAAAUGAUGACAUUAGUAUCCAAGCUCACGACUGGAUUUCUUUCGAGGCUGCCCAUCUCUUCCCUCUCCUUGGUGAAAGUAUUUGGAUUGAGUUGGAUUACGGACGAUGGAUCACAGAUAUGGACGAUUCGCUACAAUCCUCAAAGAUCGAUUCGGCCCAAAACGGGUUUCUCCUCCGGUCGCAUGUCCACCAAAAGUUUGAUCAGUACCUAAUAUCAGUUAACCCUGAUGACGGCUACAAAGUAGUUGUGUUUAACUGCGAUGUUGAUGGGCUUGAUGGUAGAAUACUUGAUCCCGUGUGCAGAGACCCGGCCAAUCCCCACUGUGUCUCCGACCAACUUCUAAGGUGGCACUUCCGCCAAUCAGUCCUCGCCAAUAUGAGAGGACCAGGGGAACCAAUCUUCGAGCACGAUUUCCCACCCGGAACAGAUAUCGUGGGUGAGAUCCUUGCAGGUCCAUAUGGGCAAGAGAGAUUUGAGUUGGAGAUGGCUGCUCGAUUGAGGGGCGUUUGCUAAGGGUAAUUGCUUCGAUUCCAACGUGAUGGCGUAGUUGUGGAGAUUGCACCACUAACGGAGUUAUUACUACUAGUAUGUGGAGGCCGAAGACGACUCUAUACGGGGGUACAGCUCCUAAGUUAUGUUCCACAGGGGGUAAGGGCAGCAAACCUCGCUGUGGAACAUACAAAACUCAGGCGCUGUACCUCCGUAUGUUUGGGCAGGAAAAAAUUGUAGGGGGGAUUAGUUAGAGGGGGCGCAAUAAAAAAAUGAUUGAGUUAGUUCCUU